ACAUUACUAAAACACAAACACGCCCGAAGAAAGCUCCUCACUCCUUCCAGGGUCUUGCCGCGCAGGGUACUUCAGAGCAGAGAGCAGAGACUACGGGACAGGCAGCCCCCAGCGCCAGACACUGCACUCCCCAUGCAGCACCAGACAGGAUGAUUGUUGAGCGCUUUACUGAGGACUGGACUGAUCUGCAGGAUCAGGACCUGUCGAUGAUGAGCAGCCCCAUGAAUCUGGCGUAUUUCUAUGCGGGAUCCCCUGUUUCGGAUUCUUGUGGAUCCUCCCCGAUCCACUACUAUUCCUCCUCCGCUCCUAGUUCCCCAGGCUCGGACACUGAGGUGCCAGGGAGUCUGAAUGCAUCCUGGCCUCACACUAAGAAAGCUGGGCAUCUUGUAGGGGGCCGUCAACAUAAAGGAACAUUCCAAGGUGUUCGCGUAAAGAAUUCUGUGAGAGAACUCCUUAUGCAGCUAAGAAGUAAAACCGGCCAAGAAAGAACAGAUGAUAUACAAAAACUGCAAAAUGGAAUGAGCUGUGAACAGUACACAGAAUUGAAAACCAUCUUGAGCAAAAAACGGACUUAUGAUUUUCCUCUAGAUGGACCAGUUACAAAAAAGAAGUGCUCUUUUCAACCUAGCUUAUUCUUGACGCCUCCAAGUACACCAAAAUCAAAUGAAAAUAUGGAUGAUGUAACCAAAAGUGAUACAGAUUUGCUUCAGAGUCUGAUAAAUAUAAAGAAUGAGUCCAAACCAGUCUCUUUAAAUACUGUGCAAGUUAGCUGGCUGGAAAAUGUGCCACAAUUCGACAGUACUCAAGAAACCCUAUAUCAAGAUGUUACUGAGUCACAUUCUUUUCCCUUGUCUCAGGCAUUCCAAGCCUGCUCCCCACCUCAAAUAAGUGAGCCAUGUCUGUUUCCUCUGCAAAAUCCUGAUGUUCCUCUCCAAUUCACUAAUUCUGAGUACAAUUUCCAAGAUAGCACUGCAGUAGUCGAUGCAAACCAAAGUUAUGUACGUUUUCCAAAUGAAGAAUUUUCAGACUUCCAAAUUCAAAGCUUGAUGUCUCUACUUGUGGGUCCAGAGCUUUCACCAGAAGUGAUACCUUCAGUGAAAUCGAGUCUACCAGCUCAGAAUUACUGCCCUACCCAUGUGCCCCCACAGAUGUUUAUUCCAGAUAGAAAUAAUUCAAAUUCUUUUCAGAUGGGCAAAACAUUCUUCCAGUGGCAGAUUGAACAAGAAGAUAAGAAAAUGGCCAAUGUUACCCAGGAGCAGCUUCUUUUUAAAGAUCCUGAUGGUGACACGUACCUUCACAUUUGUGUUGCACACGGAAGAAGAGCACUCUGUUAUGUCAUUGCACAGAAGAUGGCUGCCCUUAAUAUGCUGGAUAUAAAAGAGCGAAAUAACCAGAGUGCAUUGCAAGUUGCCGUGGCUGCCAACCAGCAUCUAAUUGUUCAAGACUUAAUUAACCUUGGAGCCCAGGUGAACACUAUAGAUUACUGGGGAAGAACACCUCUGCAUGUCUGUGCUGAAAAGGGCUACCCCCAUGUUUUACAGGCAAUUCAGAAAGGUGCUUCUGAGAGCAACCAGCAUUUAGAUGUGGAGGAAAAAAAUUAUGAAGGUCUGACAGCUCUGCACUGUGCAGUGAUUGCCCACAAUGCAGUAGUGCAGCAGUUACAGAAAAAUAUGCAGGAUCGUACCCCUGAGACAGAGGAACUGUUACUAAAGAACAAGGCAAUGGUUGACACAGUUAAGAUGCUUCUUCAGAUGGGUGCUUCUGUUGAAGCCAAGGAUACUAAAAGUGGACGCACUGCUCUACACCUGGCUGCAGAAGAAGCAAAUCUUGAAUUGCUUGGUCUUUUUCUGGAGUUGCCAAGAACACUGGCUUUCAUAAACGAAAAGGCUUACAAUGGCAACACUGCUCUCCAUGUCGCAGCCAGUUUGCAGUAUCGAAAAACCCACCUUGGAGCUGUUCGGCUUUUAAUGAGGAAGGGUGCAGAUCCUAGUGCUAGAAACCUGGAGAAUGAGCAGCCCGUUCACUUGGUUCCAGAUGGACCAGUGGGGGAAGAGAUAAGGAGGGUUCUCAAAGGAAAAUCAGCCCAGCACCGAGCAUCCCUUUACUAGCCUCUACUGGAGUUUGUCGGCACCCACUGCUAGUUAAGCAGUCUUUUAUCUGUAAAGAGAUUUGUCUAGUGGCAAAUGUAUGUUGGUUUCUAUGAAACUGAAAAAGUUAAAGCUAUUAUAUAGUUACUUAUACACACCAGAGACUUUGGAAUGUCCUUUAACUCAGUGUGUUUCAUUAGUUGGAAUCUUUCCUUUACUUACAUUAUCUCUUAUCAUUAUCUCAUCAUUGCAUUAUCUCUUUCAUUAGUUGGAAUCUUUCCUUUACUUUAUCUCAUUGUACAACUACAGAUUUCGCUUUUGUAUAUUCAAAACCCAAUCUAUUUUGUUAAAAACUCAAUUGUUCUAUAAUAAAGAGAGCCUACAUUUUGUAACCUGUUUAAAUGCAAUGUAAAUGUAAAUAUUAUGAAUUUAGAAUUGUAAGUGUGCUUUUAGUUUUUAAAAUAUAUCUGCAAUGUACAAGGAUAAAUGUUCAGUACCUGCUACAAUUUAAAAAUACAGUAUAUCAAUAUUUAAGAGGUUGGGGGAGUUGUUAGGUGAAUCCAUUAUUACGUAGAAUGUAGUACUUGUAACAUGACAUUGGUAUUUAAUUAUUUUGUUCAUAUUUGUGUCUCACAGUUAAUAUUGUGAUGCAAAUGUUCUUAUCCCUGAAUAUCUUAGUCUGUAAAAAACAAAAGGAUUUCAGUUAUCUUUAAUGGCUAUAUAUGUAAUGUAUAUAUAUAUUUUUUGCUUCAGUAUAAGAAACAAAUCUUAAGUUUCAUGUAGUAUGUCUUGUAGACAGAAUAUUUAUUUAAGUAUUUGAAAUUUUGCAAUAAUUGUGUAUGUCGAAAUAAGCAGAAUUGCAAUAAAGAUUAUUGAUUAAUAACCUA